AUGAAGGCUCUUAUACAGCGUGUUCAAAAUGCCAAAGUUACCGUAAAUGGUGAGGUGAUAAGCAGCAUAGAGCAAGGAGCAUGCAUAUUAAUAGGGAUAUGUAGCAGUGACACUAUAAAAGAUAUGGAGUACAUUGUAAGGAAGAUAUUAAGUAUAAGAAUUUUUGAUGGUGAAAAUAACAAAAAAUGGCAAAAAAAUGUUAUAGACAAGCAGCUGGAAAUUCUAUGUGUUAGUCAAUUUACCCUUUACAAUACAUGGAAGGGAAAUAAGCCAGAUUUCCACAAGGCAAUGGCAGCAGAUAGAUCCAAAGAGUUCUAUGAACAAUUCAUACAAAAGCUAAGAGAUAAAUAUAAACCAGAUAAAGUAAAAGAUGGUCUUUUUGGUGCAUACAUGCAAGUCUCUAUACAGAAUGACGGGCCUGUUACUUUUGAGAUAGAAUCUCCUAGUCAUAAUAAGGAUAAUGUAUGCAAAACUCCAGACAAGGAAACAGAGAUUCAUGAGUCUUCUAAUGGUGGUACAAUAAUA